UCCCACGUGUCGACGGUCACCGUCAACUCACCCCUUCCGUCACUCCAUCCAAACAAAACCCAAAAAAAGGUGCUAAACAUUUUUUCCCAAUUUUCGUUAAAAAAAAAAAAAACGAACAAAGCAAGAAAAGGCGUCGAUAAAUUCUCGCCGGCAAAAAUUAAAUUAAAUAAAAAUAAAAAUAAAAAUAAAUAAAAACCCUAACUUCGUUUUGUUUCUCUCUCUCUCUCUCUCUAGUUUCUCUCGUUCUCUCUCUUCGUUUCUGCGAAUUUUCACGGUAGAUCGGCGGCGAGGAGAUCAUGGACGACGACGACGAGAUCCAGUCACACCCGUCGCCGGCGAGCGGAUCUCCGGCGUCUUCCCCGAGGGAGAAUGGUAGGAUAACGGUGACGGUUGCGGCGCCGGCGCCGCAGCCGCCUCCGGCGGCGAACAGCUUGGCAUUAGCGCUUCCGAUUCAGCAGCAGCCGAGGGGAAACAACGGCGGCGGAGGGAGGGAGGAUUGCUGGAGCGAAGGCGCGACGGCGGUGCUGAUCGACGCGUGGGGAGAGAGGUAUCUGGAACUGAGCAGGGGGAAUCUGAAGCAGAAGCACUGGCAGGAGGUGGCGGAGAUCGUGAGCGGCAGGGAGGACUACACGAAGGCGCCGAAGACCGACAUCCAGUGCAAGAACCGGAUCGACACGGUGAAGAAGAAGUACAAAUCGGAAAAGGCGAAGAUCGCUGCCGGAGGCGGCGGCGCAACCAGUAAGUGGCCGUUCUUCGAGAGAUUAGAACAGCUGAUCGGCCCUACCGCCAAGAUCCCCGGCGUCGCCGGAACCAGCGGCGUCGGGAACAGCAAUUUGCAGCAGCAGAAAGUGCCGUUAGGGAUUCCGGUAGGAAUUCGCGGCGGCGCGAAUCAGUAUCAUCCUCAAAAGCAUCAGCCGCCGCCGCCGCAGCAACAGCAACAGGUUCAGUUGAAGAACCAGAAGAUUCAGUUCCGGCGGCGUGCUCCUACGGUGGAUUCCGAUUCAUCGGAAAGAGAAGUGUCGUCGCCGGUUUCUAGCGACAGUUUUCCGCCGGAAAGCUAUGAGAGGAAGAGGCCGAGGGUGAUGAAUUCGAAUUCAGUGAAAGGAAGGGAAGGAGUAAGAAAGGGGAAGGGUUGGGGUAGUGCGGUGAGGGAACUGACUCAGGCGAUUCUCAAGUUUGGUGAGGCUUACGAGCAAGCAGAGAGCUCGAAGCUGCAGCAGGUGGUGGAGAUGGAGAAGCAGAGGAUGAAGUUUGCCAAGGACUUGGAGUUGCAGAGAAUGCAGUUUUUCAUGAAGACACAGUUGGAGAUUUCUCAGCUCAAGCUUGGGAGAAAAGGUGGCAACUCAAGCAAUCACCAUAGCAGCAACAACAACAACAAACAUAACAAUAAUAGUGACAGUGAGUGAGUGAGUUAGUGAUAACUAGGUUAAGGUUAGAUUCCAAUUCCAUUAGCCUUUCUGCGAAGACUCUGUGUAUGUGUUUAGUUAUUAUCCCUUAAUUUUUACAGGUAACUUAGUGGGAAUGCUCUCCACCCCACAAAAGAAAAACAAAAACAAAAGAGCAUGUGUUAAAUAAUUUAAUAUCAUUGCAGCAGAUGUAUCACUUGUCAUGUGUAACCCCAUUCUAAAUUAUCAGUAUCCUGAUCAUAUCAUCAUUGAUAGCUCUACUUGGAUACAUUGUACAUAUUGGAUAU